AGGAGGGGGAGAAGGAGGAGGAAAUUCCUACAGGGCGCCCUCGACCGCAAAGUAGUACACGAGAGCAGCGUAGCCAAGUAAGAUCGAAGUCAGUGCAACCGCAGCGGAAGCAGGACCAGGAUGGGCAAGAGCAUGGGGAAGAGGACGAGCAGCCAUCGACUUUCAGGAAAUCCAAAAAGGCCCCUUUAGGGACACUGUUAGACAGAAUCAAAGAAUUGAGUGAGACAGCGCGGAUGAGCUUGGAGUACGAGAAGGUUGCAAGGGAGAAGGAGCUGGAGGUGAUGAAGGCCAAGGAUCUACUGGACCAGCAGGUCGAAUUGAAGAAGAUUCGAUUGAAGAUGGAGGAGGCGCGUCAGAAGCAUGAACGAAAGUUAGCCGAGAUCGAAGCAGAGAGCAGAUCGUCCAUCAGGAAGGAGGAACUGAGGACGCAAGAGCACAUGGAAAGGUUGACGCUCAUUGAGUCGCUCACCAGAGGUCGAGGGCCAUUUUUAGAACUACUUUCUCCUCCAAAAAGGCUUUCAAGGUCUCCGCCAAAAGAUCCUAAAAAAUCACCAAGUCGCCUCCAGGUAGCGCAUCUUAGAAAGAACUAGAUAGGCACUAAAGAAAGCCGGCAAACCUUCAUGAAUAAACCAUGC